GAUGCGCAUGCGUGGUUUCAACGUCCCACUUGAGCUGGUCUGUGCUAACUAGCUGAAUCACUAGGUUGAGCUUUUCUCCUUUUCGCCUCUUCCAGCUUGUCUUGCAGCGCAAUGGCGGCAAGAUAUGACAGAGCAAUCACAGUCUUUUCCCCCGAUGGUCAUCUCUUUCAAGUAGAGUAUGCACAAGAAGCUGUAAAGAAAGGUUCCACUGCGGUUGGAAUCAGAGGUAAAGAUAUUGUUGUUCUUGGUGUGGAGAAGAAAUCUGUUGCAAAGCUGCAGGAAGAAAGGACUGUCCGCAAGAUCUGCGCACUGGACGAGCAUGUCUGCAUGGCAUUCGCGGGUCUGACGGCAGAUGCCCGUAUUGUGAUAAACAGAGCUCGGGUUGAGUGCCAGAGCCACAGGCUAACAGUCGAGGAUCCUGUCACAGUGGAAUAUAUCACAAGAUACAUUGCGACACUGAAACAGCGUUAUACUCAAAGCAAUGGGCGCAGGCCGUUUGGAAUCUCUGCGUUAAUCGUUGGCUUCGACUAUGAUGGAACCCCAAGACUGUACCAGACGGAUCCAUCAGGGACGUACCACGCCUGGAAGGCAAAUGCAAUCGGCCGCAGUGCAAAAACAGUGAGGGAGUUCUUGGAGAAGAAUUACACAGAAGAAUCCAUCACUGGAGAUAAUGAGGCCAUCAAGUUGGCUAUCAAAGCGUUGCUUGAGGUUGUCCAGUCAGGAGGAAAGAAUAUUGAACUUGCUGUUAUUAGACGAAAUCAGCCACUCAAGAUCUUGGAAUCCAAGGAAAUUGAGAACCUGGUGGCCGAGAUAGAGAAGGAAAAGGAGGAGGAGGCAGAGAAGAAAAAGCAGAAAAAAUCCACUUAAAGCCGUUGACAUAUUCUUGGGUUUAUUGCACCUGCAUUACAAUAGUAUCUUUGGAUUCCAGAUAUUAGUUUAAGAUAUUUUACUCCUUUGUUUCUUGUACUGAGAUAAAUCAUAACUUGAGAGCUGCUGAUACUGUUUAAACAUUUUCUAACAUUUCUGGGUGAUGCGGUGAAGAGAGAACAACUUCCUAAUAUUUUAGGCUGUCCAGAUGACAAAGUUUGGAGGCACCUAUAAAUGCAAACUCAGUGGAUUUAUCCACAACUAAGUGCUACUGUGUAUGUUCAGAUGUGCUGUUCUCAAGUUAGGAUUUAGAUCUUUUGCCAUGCUUUGGAGAAUUUUCUCUCAACAUUAAAAAAAUGCUCAAAUGUUGCAGAUUCAUAAAUGUUGAAUAAAUUCUACAUGACAUCCAAAACCAUAAUGGAAACCAAAUAAUCAAUAAAAGUGGAUUUUUAAAAA